ACGUAGAAAGGGGGGCACAACAGGACAAGGAAUCCCAUUGGCAGCAUGGCUGUGCCAUCAAGCCAAGUGUUGGCUACUUAAUUAACUCAUUGAGUUAAAUUAUUAACCCCAAUCCUGUCCCCAACUAUUAACCCAUGGUUAAACCUUAACCCCUCCUUUUGCCUUAUAACACACCACCACCACCUCAAAUCUUCACCUGCUCUCGCUCUCUCUCUCUCCGUAUCUCUGUUUUGGUAACCCACUUUAGGUAACCAGAAUACAAGCCUUAAACAGAGUCUUUUGUGGACCUACCACAAAUCUCUUUGAUACCCACCAAAGCAAGCCUCUCUCAUUCUCUCUCACUCUUUCUAUCUCUCUCUCUCUCUCUGAACACCCACAUUUUGAUUGAUCGUCAAUUGAGGAGGGCAGAGAGAAAUUGAUUAGAUUUCACUCUCUCUCUGAACACCCAGAUGAAGAGGUCGCCUUCUUCUAAUUCUUGCUCUUCUUCUUCGUCUUCGUGCGUUGUUCAUUCUAAUCUCCAAAUAGACAAAAAACCCAAGACCAAGCGCGUCAGAUCUUCCAAGAAGAAGAAAAAUCUCGACGAUCCAGGUAGUACAAAUAAUGCUGCUGCUGCUGCUGUUAGUAGAAGAAGUUCCAUUUACAGGGGGGUCACAAGGCACAGAUGGACGGGGAGAUUUGAAGCACACCUGUGGGAUAAGAGUACUUGGAAUAGCAUUCAAAACAAGAAAGGACGACAAAUUUAUUUGGGGGCAUAUGACAAUGAAGAAGCUGCAGCUCAUACCUACGAUCUCGCAGCUCUUAAGUAUUGGGGGAUCGGCACUACAUUGAAUUUUCCGAUUGAUACAUACACCAAGGAGCUUGAGGAAAUGGAGAAAUUGACCAAGGAAGAAUAUUUAGCUUCACUAAGGCGGCGGAGCAGCGGAUUCUCUAGGGGCGUCUCCAAGUACCGUGGUGUGGCAAGGCACCAUCAUAAUGGGAAAUGGGAGGCACGAAUAGGGCGAGUUUUCGGAAACAAGUACUUGUACCUUGGAACUUACAGUACUCAAGAAGAAGCGGCAGCAGCAUACGACAUGGCAGCCAUAGAGUACAGAGGGGCAAAUGCUGUGACCAAUUUCGACAUCAGCAGCUACGCCGACCGUUUGAAGACGAAGGCCCUACUUCCCGCCCCACAUGAUCAAGACGAUCAUAAUCAGCCCCCGCAACAACAAAAUCCCAACUUCUUCACACAAGAAGAUGAAGGAGAAGAAGAAGAUAAACAACUAAUAUUGGUCCAACCCCAGUUACCCCCAAACUUAUGUCAUGACCUCCCCACUCCUAACUCCAUCGACUCGUCCGAAAUGGAACAUGACCACCCUUGGGACCUCUGUUUGGAUGCUAGCGUAUUCAAUCCCCUCUCGGUUCCCGACCUAAUUCCCCUCGAAAAAGCAGGCGACCUACCACCAGAGUACAUGUUUGAUAGCGACUACAAGAGUUUCGAGGAUAAUAUUGACUUCAUGAUGUUUGAUGUACUGACGUCGAAUGAAACCACCUCGGAUUACUUCAACCCGGAUAGUCUCUUUGAAAUCACAGCCGGCGGAUUCGACAUGGAGGCUGAUAGUUUCAUGGGUAAGGAGGAGGAGGAGGAGGGCGCGAAUGGGCAUCGAGUAUCGGGUACUUCUCCGCCUCCUUCCUCCUCAUCUUCAACCACCACCACCUAAUUGGUUUUCUUGAAACCUAGCUAGCCUAUUUUGUUUGUUUGUCUGUCUGUCUGUAAGGGUUUUGUUUUUUUGGGGGGAUAAUAGUCCUACUGAGAUUGUUGGAGUUUGGUUGGUUUGGUUAUCUGGCGGUGUGGUGUUGUUCAUCUAUCUGUUUGUGAGUAGAUAGGAAAACAAGCAACAAUAUGUGUUUUUGAGCCUUUUUGUUGCAUUUUUUUUCAUGCCAAAAA